CAAAAAAUGAAUUUUAAUGUCUGGAAUGUCAAAGAGAUGCUCAGCAUCCCCUCAGGCUCUGGGGUCACUAGACCGUCUAACUGGGAUAAUCAUCAGACAGACUGUUCUCUCAGCGAUUCCCAGUUCCUCUUUGGAUCUCAGUUCUGUCCUGAAAAUUCAGAGACUCUGUUACCGUCCUUGGAUGCUGGUGCUUAUUUAAGACACCCAAAACAGACACAACAGGAUUCUGUGGAUAAUGAACCUAGUAUUUUCACAAAAUACCAGGCAAAGCCCCAGCUGCUUGGAGGCAAUACAAAAGAUGAAGGCUUAUUUUCUCUUCCUUUGCCAGUUGGGAAAUCAAAAGGACUCUCAAAACAGUUUGAGGAGAAAAAACGAAGGGCAACGGACCAAUCUGACAGUGAGACCCUGCACAGCUUUGUUUCUCAUUUUCCAGAAGUCAUUAACAAGUUGCAGACAUCUGUGGAAAAGUCUGAGGAACAUCUCAGCUCUAGAAGCCAGUCUAUUUUAGAUUCUGUGGAGACCAUAGCCAAGACUUUUCAAGAGACUGCACGGGUCCAGCGUGACCUGAUGGUUGAGUCAGUGAGAGACAAAGGCAGCGUGGAGCAGGCCAUCCUUGAGAUCCAGAGGACGUGUGCAGCUAGACAAGCUGAAUUUAUGGAGAUGAAAUCCACCCUGAAGAACCUUGAAGUUUUAGUUGUGGAGCAGAGUAAGAACUUGCAGCAGUUCUGUGACAACCUGGGCCAGCUCAUUGUGCCUGGUAUCCUAGAAGAGCUGAAAAAAAUCACCUCUGUGCCUCAGGUGGCUGGGCAUCUGAAAGACAGCACCUCUCAGACCUCACCAUCUCUGACCCAGAGCCUCCAUUUUACUGGGCAGGAAAAGUAUCCCUCUGAGGAGCCAGCUACUUGUCAGGCCCAGGAGGCUCCUGCAGGAAAUCCCAGUAGGAGUUCCCAGAGGCCUGGGGAGUGUGGUGUCUGGGAUGAAGGAGCAGAGAGUGAUGUUUUUCAAAAGGCUGCAUUGCCAACAGAUGGGCUCCAUAGAGGCAAUGGGCAUGUGAAGAACAAGACCAUGCAGACUUACUGCAAGAACUGGGUUAUGACCACCAGAAGCCUCAGUAACCACUUCUCUAACCUCCCAAGCCAGAAGGCUGGCAAUGACCAAGGUCUGAUUGCCCAAGGAGCUUCCCAGCGGGACUUAAAUAAGUUUGAAGCCAGAGUGAAGAAUGCCUGCCCCGAAUAUGGGGCCCAAAGCAUGUGUUCUUUUGACUCACUUGAACAGUCAGCAACUGAACAGAAAGGCGGGACCUGCAGGAAACUGAGGAGAGGCAAGAAGCAACAACCCAGGAGAUCAAAGAGAGGCGGGCUUCUAGAUCGGAAGCCUGAAGAGCAGACCUCAAGGAAAGCCUGUGCUUUCAUAGCUAGGCAUCACUGUCCCCAGUCUCCAGUGUGUAAUCCACAGGGGCCCCUCAUCUGUUGGCUGACUCCGAGAAGUUCCACCAAGUCAACAUGUCACAUUUUGGGAAGAACAGGAGAGACCAGUCAGACAGCAAGGGCAACGCAAGGGGACCUCUUGCAGUAUUCCCAGCGCUCUUCCACAGACAGCAGCUCCCAGGAGGACCAGCAGAUAAAUUGGUUCAGUGACCUCGGCCUUGAAAACCUAGAGCCUCCUCUGUGUAAGAAGGGAGGGACGAAUUUGCUCUGUGACCCGGAUUUUGAUAGCAGCGAUGAUAAUUUCUAA